GAGAUCCGGGCGCCGGUAGGUCUCCUGUGUUUCCACGCCUCCCACCUUCACCCCCGCUGUGGUGGAUUCUCCGGCUCACUCACACACACUCAAGCACACACACACACACACAAACACACACACUUCGCCAGACUUCCAGGAGUUGGAGCGACUGAUCGAAGACGGAGCGCCGGCAGCGCUGGAGAAAGGGAAGCAGGAAAGGAAAAGAAAAACAAUAUCGUCUAACGCGCAUGGAUCUGUUUUCUUCUCCUUGAGGGAUUUCGGGAAGGUGCGAUGGUUCGCGCGGCCAGAAAUGUUGGAGACUCGUGCGGGAGGGAGAGAGCACACGUACCCAGCGCCGCGAAGUUGUAAAAGUAGUUUCCCUUGAAGUUUUUCUGUGUUUUUUUUUUUUUUCCGCCACCAGUUCAGACUGUUUCUCCAGCCCGCGGACCCACAGCCAUCAUGGCGAGGCGGACGGGGGGGAGAUCCGCGGCUGUGACACCGAAUACGCGCGCCGCUUUCCGGGAUAAACACCUUGAGGUUCACGGGGGCUCGUGGGCUUUUUCGUGGAGCUUCCUCUUAAUCUGCUCGGCUCUUUCUUGUGGAUAUUGCCGAGCCGAGACGGAGUUUUCCAUCCUGGAGGAAGCGCAAGUUUUGGCCGAUCAGAUGAAAAAGCUGUCCUCCCAGGAGCUGGGAGUCUUCACCAUGCAGAGGAUUUUCAACUCGUUUGUGUACACCGAGAAGACAUCAAACGGCGAGACAGAAGUGCAGCAGCUCGCCAAGAAGAUUCGGGAGAAGUUUAACCGCUACCUGGAUGUGGUGAACAGGAACAAACAGGUGGUGGAAGCCUCAUACACUGCCCACCUCACCUCUCCGCUCACUGCGAUACAGGACUGCUGCUCCAUACCAGCAUCUAUGAUGGAGUUUGAUGGAAACUUCAAUACCAAUGUCUCCAAGACCAUCUGCUGUGAUAGACUAUCCCCCACCGUCAACAGCCGAGCUUUCAACCCCGGACGAGACCUCAACUCAGUUUUGGCAGACAACCUGAAGUCCAACCCUGGGAUAAAGUGGCAGUACUUCAGCUCAGAGGAGGGCAUCUUCACCGUCUUCCCUGCCCACAAGUUCCAUUGUAAAGGAAGCUACGAGCACCGCAGCAGGCCUGUGUACGUGUCCGCAGUGCGUCCCCAGUCUAAACACAUCGUGGUGAUGGUCGACCAUGGAGCGUCUGUGACCGACACCCAGCUUCAGAUUGCCAGGGACUCUGCACUCGUCAUCCUUAACGCCAUAGAUGAACAUGACAAGAUCUCCAUUCUGUCAGUGGCAGAGACGGUUCGUUCCUGUUCUCUGGAUCAGUGCUAUAAGAGUCUGCUGUCUCCAGCCACCAGCGAGACCAAGAGGAAGAUGAGCACCUUCAUCUCUAACGUCAAGGCCUCCGAUGGAGCCACGCAGCACGCGGCGGGCUUCCAGAAGGCCUUCCAGUUGCUCCGAAACACCACCAGCCUCAGCAAGCAGAGCACCACGACAGACAUGGUGAUCAUCUACCUGUCGUCUGGUAUCACGUCUCGAGAGUCGUCGGAGCAGGAGAAGAGAGCGACGCUCAGCGUGGUCAGAGAGGAGAACCGACACCUCAACAACUCGGUCAUGAUCCUCACCUACGCGCUCAUGAAUGAGGGAGUGACAGGCCUGAAGGAGCUGGCCUUUCUGAGGGACCUCGCAGAGCAGAAUUCGGUGAAGUACGGCGUUGACAGAGCAGCAGAGCGAGACCGCUCCUCUGUGGUGUCGUCCUCUGGAUCAGCAGGAGCCUCGAUGAUGCCGGUGGUGAAGGGAAGCAUGAUGGUACUGAACCAGCUCAGCAACCUGGAGACCACGGUGGGCCGCUUCUACAUUAACCUGCCCAACCGCAUGAUCGACCUGGCCCGCUUUAGCCUGCCCUACGCUGACCCCAUGGGAGAUGGAUUUAUUAUGACUGUGAGCCGGCCCUGUUACUUUGGUAACCUGCUCCUGGGCGUGGUCGGGGUGGAUGUGAACCUGGCCUACAUCUUAGAGGAUGUCACCUACUACCAAGACUCCCUAGCCUCGUACACCUUCCUCAUUGACAACAAAGGUUACACCCUGAUGCACCCGUCACUCACACGGCCCUACCUGAUGACAGAGCCUCCCCUGCACACGGACAUUAUCCACUACGAGAAUAUCCCAGGAUUCCCUGCUGUCCGACAGAACAUCCUCAGCCUCCCUCUGGGCAGCCAGGUCAUUGCUGUUCCAGUCAACUCCUCUCUGUCCUGGCACACCAACCGACUCAGGGACAACAGCAAAGAUGCAUACAAUGUCAGCUACGCCUGGAAACUGGUUCAGGACACGUCGUUCAUCCUGUGCAUUGUGUACGUGCAGCCCGAGAUCCCAGUAAAGCAGCUGAAGAACCUGAACACAGCUCCCAGCUCAAAGCUGCUCUACCAUCGUUUAGACCUGCUGGGUCAACCCAGUUCCUGCCUGCACUUCAAACAGCUUGCCACUGUCGAAUCCCCCACGGUGAUGUUGGCAGCUGGUAGUUUCUCCUCUCCCUACGAGCACCUCAGUCAGCCGGAAACAAAGCGUAUGGUGGAGCACUACACCGCCUACCUGAGCGAUAACACCAGGCUCAUAGCCAACCCAGGCCUCAAGUCCUCUGUCAGGAACGAGGUUAUGGCGACCAGUCACGUCACGGAUGAGUGGAUGACACUAAUGGAAAUGAGUAGCCUCAACUGCUACAUUGUGCGCCGUUACAUAGCAACCCCCAGUGGGGUGCUCCGGAUUUACCCAGGAUCACUGAUGGACAAAGCCUUCGACCCGACCCGCAGACAAUGGUACCAGCACGCCGUGGCCAACCCCGGCCUCAUCACCUUCACGGGGCCAUACCUGGAUGUGGGCGGGGCGGGAUACGUAGUCACAAUAAGCCACACCAUCCACGCCUCCAGCUCUCAGAUGGCCCCUGGUUAUGCAGUUGCAGUGAUGGGCAUAGACUUCACCCUUCGCUACUUCUAUAAAGUCUUGCUCGACCUGCUGCCCAUCUGCAACCAGGAUAAAGGCAACAAGAUCAGGUGCUUCAUAAUGGAGGACAGAGGGUACCUGGUGGCACACCCCACUCUCAUCGACCCCAAAGGUCAUGCCCCCGCAGAGCAACAGCACAUCACACACAAGGAGCCGCUGGUGGCUAACGACAUCCUUAACCAUCCCAAUUUUGUCAAGAAGAACCUGUGCAACAGCUUCAGCGACCGCACUGUGCAGCGCUUCUACAAGUUCAACACCAGCAUCGUGGGGGACCUCACCAACCUGGUCCACGGUAGCCACUGUUCUAAGUACCGUCUGACCAGAAUCCCCGGCACCAACGCCUUUGCUGGUAUCGUCAACGAGACUUGUGACUCCCUGGCGUUCUGCGCCUGCAGCACCGUGGACCGGCUCUGCCUCAACUGCCACAGAAUGGAGCAGAAUGAGUGUGAGUGUCCGUGCGAGUGCCCUCUAGAGGUCAACGAGUGCACAGGCAACCUCACCAAUGCUGAGAACAGGAACCCCAGCUGUGAGGUGCACCAGGAGCCAGUCAGUCCGAAUGUGAUUGAUCCCAGUCUGCACGACACCCUGCCCCAGUGCAUCAACACCCGCUGUAGCCAGAGAUACACCAGCAGUGAUUGUUUUGGCGUGUUGGACUGCGAGUGGUGCAUGGUGGACAGUGAUGGUAAAACUCAUCUGGACAAGCCAUACUGCGCCCUGCAGAAGGAGUGUUUCGGAGGCAUCGUCGGCGCCAAGAGUCCCUAUGCGGAUGGCCUGGGGCUCCUAGAUGAGGAGGUGGCAUCUCUGAACAUGAUCAAGAGUGCCCCCGUGGGUCCUGUUGCCGGGGGCAUUAUGGGAUGUAUCAUGGUGUUGGUGCUGGCUGUGUAUGCAUACCGGCACCAGAUCCACAGGCGCUCGCACCAGCACAUGUCACCGCUGGCAGCGCAGGAAAUGUCAGUGAGAAUGUCAAACCUGGAUAAUGAAAGAGACGAGAGGGACGAAGACAGCCACGAGGACAGAGGAAUCAUCAGUAAUACUAGAUUCAUAGCUGCGGUGAUCGAGAGACACACACACACUCCUGAACGGAGACGGCGGUACUGGGGACGAUCUGGGACGGAGAGUGACCAUGGUUACAGCACCAUGAGUCCGCAGGAGGACAGUGAGAAUCCACCUGGAAACAACGAUCCGCUCUCAGCCGGCGUCGAUGUUGGUAACCACGAUGACGACCUGGACCUGGACACGCCUCCCCAGACGGCUGCGCUGCUCAGCCACAAGUUCCACCCCUACCGGCACACGCACACACACCACCACCCGCUGCACACGCACCACCUGCAAGCUGCGGUCACCGUGCACAGUGUGGACGCAGAGUGCUGAUCCUCGGCGUGGCAUUGCCCUUCCUACUUGGAAUGGAACUUUUUUUUUUUUUUUUUAUAAAAGACUAUUUAAAAAAACAAAACAAAAAAACAUUUGUGCUUGAUUACACAGUAGGUACUGUCAGGAUGAAUGGAGGGAGAGAGAUGCCACAGCUGGACUUAAACCUGUGGUGCCACUGAGCUGCCGGGACCGCUGCCAUGAAUGGAUCUUUAGCUUAAUAUGGGUAUUACCAUCUCAGCCCUUUUCUUUACUGAUCCCAAUCUAAAAUGUGGGAAUUGUACACAGUUAUACAAACACAGAAAAUUACCAGACCUGGGCCAGUAGAAAUAACCAAAUGGAAAUUUUUGUUUGUUUUCUGAAGAAAUUUAGCAUGGAGGACUCUGUAAGUGCAAACAGCAACCUUUGGGAGCAAACACAACGCUGUUUGAGCUCAUUCAUUGGCCUUCAACGAGGGGAGGACACAACUGGAACCUUGAGAGAGGACAAACUUUUUUCUUUUUCACAUGGAAGGCCAGAGCAAAUACUCUUGGAUCAGUGGAUAAUCAGAUUAAAUCUAGAAGCCUGAUGCGGACCCCUUUUGCCCCAGGGCUCCAUCCCAGCCUCAGCACAGGUUGUUUCCCCACUAAGCCCACGUGUGGUAAUGGGAACAGAGCACGCCUUUCAUUCAUGAAAACUGUUGGAUGUCUCGGAAGAGUAAAAACAUCAACUUUCCAACACUUACCUGGACCUAACAUGGGAUUAUAUUAUGGAUUCUGUCACAGCUUUACUCUCCUUGGUUCAGCAGAUAGACACUCCAGGUUUUUGCCUUUAUCCAACAGUGUAGCUGCUGGUCUUACAAAAAAUGGUUCGGGAAGAUAUUUGGACAUUGUCAUGAAUGUCUUUGAACUUAAAAUAGGAAAAAUCUUCAAUGAUUCACAUAAACACAGGAAGAAACACUUCAGAGGAAAAUAUUAUUUUUCUACUAUUUAUUAAAGAGGUAGAUUUUCUGGACAGAUGAGCAAGCAGCUGCCGCCAUCACAAGCAAGACAGUAGUCUGCAUAAGUAAUACGUACUGAACCACUUCCAAUAAGCAGUGCAUCAUAUUUAGGGCUCAUUAUUUUCAGUUUUUUAUUCCCUUAAAAAAAUGUAGAAUGGUUGUUUGUUUGGAAUUUUUGAAUAUUGGUAAUACGACAGACCAUGUGAAAAUUGGAUUUUUAUUUUUAUUCUUUUAAUAACAUUGGUGAAUAAUCAGCAGCUCAUCUGCAUUUUCCUUUCAUUUUUCUUUCCACCUUCUAUUACCAGAAACAUCCUCUCCAACAGAGGAUCCUGUUUGCUGUAUAGUGUAGUGAAAGGUGUCCCCCUGAAGUAAGAAACAUUUUUGGAUGAGCACGGACCUAACUUCUGAGUCAAAAUAAGUUUUGCUCCUUUCAAAAAAUCCAGAUAUUUUUCUGUGAAAAUCGGUAAGAAAACAAAAACGAUGAGCCUUAACCACAUCCUGUGUCAGAGCAUUUAGCAGGAAGUGGUCUUUGAGCUGUAGCACGUUUUUCUGUCUGUUUUCGCAGUUUUGAAUCGGAGGUGUUUUUGUGUUCUUGUAGGGUAAGAUUUGCUGUGCCGAGCAAGUUGAAAACGUCCUCAUUCUGGACAUGUCCUCUGUAUCAGGAGGCAUGAUUUCUAUGAUUGCUGGUCUUUUUAAGUCUCCUGAGGAUGGAGGAGGGAAGAGAGAAACUAACACCAGCAAGACACUCCUGGCUUUAGUCACUGCUGGGGAUUUGGGAUUUGAGGAUAAUUGGGGACCUUCAUAGAGGCCCUGGGAGAUUCACAGGGAUGGAGUGUUGUCCUCCCUUACUGCCUGAGUAGAAAAACCAGUACAGAAUGUUGUUUUUUUUUCACCUUAUUUACCACAAAUUAUUGCCUCUGAGGCCAAGCUGAUAUUGUAUGUGUGUUGGGGUUGUUUGCUGGAUUUUGUGCAAAAGAAAGUCAAUUUCCAUUGAUGCCCAAGAUUGACUCUCCUUGUCAAAGAGAGUGAAAGAGGGAGAGAUGCUGCUGUUGUUGUACAGAGGUUACACCCAUCUGUCGGCUCCUCUGUGGUUAACCACUCAAAAUGUCUUUUCUACACAUCUCUUAACUGUUUGUGUGUGUGUGUGUGUGUGUGUGUGUGUGUGUGUGUGUGUGUGUGUGUGUGUGUGUGUGUGUGUGAGAGAGGAAAGAAUGAAUGUCCAGCUGGAACAUUUUAAUGCAUUAUUGUAUUUUUUUCAAGAUAGUAUUAGAGAAUUAUAGGUGAAAUCAUUAUGAUUGAGAAAUCCACUUAUUUUUAUUCUGAUGAAGAGUCACUUGACCCAAUGUGUGCUUCGUGGGUUUGAUUGUUCAACUGGUCAAAUCAUGUCAGUGUGGCAUCCAUUUAUUUCAAAAUGUGACAAAAUGUCUAUUGUUCUUCAGAGAUUCAUUAUGAAGUGUAAAUACAGAAUCAAAAAUAGCUAUUAAUGUCCUGUACACUCCAUUUUUUUUUAUGUUGGUAAGACAUAAUGUAUACUUCAAAUGAUGCUCAGAUAUUUGGGUUGAUAUUUUGUAUUGUCUGUUCAUGGUGUCUCACUAUAUUUUUGAUGCUUUGGAUGUUUUUUUAGAUUUAUUUUUCUUUAGGUCCAUAUUGGAUGGAAGUCAGUACUUGGAAAAAUUAUUACACACUUUUAUGUUUGGAGACUUUUAGUUUUUAAAGUUUUAUUGUGUGUCUUCAAAAAAGUUAAAGAAAGCUUAUCGCUCCACAAGCUAAUUUAGAAUUUCAAAAUAACGGUACAUCUUUUCACUGAGUAAUAGUGAAAACAACAACCUUGUAGUGGAUUCAGGGUUUACAGCAGACUGCUGUAAGCCGUGCUAUGGUUCUGUUGCUACUUAAGACCAUCAGCCUUCUUCAUUUACAGUUAUUUUGUGUUUAUAACUUUAGUAGAAUAUUUAAAUUUGCACACUCAGUCUGAGUUCAUUAAACUUCCAGCUGAAAAAGUGCUAAAUAAUUUGAAACGUCUGAUAGAGCAGAGAGAUCAAAACAUAAUUUAUAUACUGGUAUCAAAAUCUUCAAAGUGCUAGUACUGUGUGAAGUGGGUUAAAUAUUCCACUUGAAUUACAGAAAGGUUCAUCACCAAAGUUGAAAUUUAAAGGACCAGGGUGCAGGCUUUAUGGGGAUCUACUGGAAGAAAUGGAAUGUAAUAUUCAUUAUUAUGUUUUCAUUAGUGUAUAAUCACCUGAAACGUGAUUAAACAUUAGCUUAGAAUGAGCCUUUCAUAUCUACAUAGGGAGUGGAUCCUCUUCCACGGAGCCUGCCAUGUCGCACCGCCAUGUUUCUGCAGUAGCCCAGAACGGACAAACCAAACACUGGCAGUAGACAGGGCCUUUUGCGUUAUUACGUUACCUGAAGGCCACCAUAGGUUCCCUACAUGCCUGGAGAGGAAGGGGUGACGGGUGUUCAGUUGGUUGCAAUCUGCAACCUCACCUCUAGAUGCCACUAAAUGACAUCUGGUCCUUUUUAAAAAAAAUUUUCACCACUUUGUAUGGUACACAAUUUCAGCUCUGUUUGACACUGACACAUUCUUGUAGCAUUUUAUGGCAAUCUUUAGAUCAAAUGCAGUCUUGCAAGUGUCUUCUGAUAUGUGUGUAUUUUGGGGCAAAUUUUUUUUUUCUCCAAAAAGGCUUGAUGUUAAAGGCAUUUUUUCUGGAGAGCUUUUAAACAGUAUUUACCUGCCGUUGUAAACCAGUAUAUGUGUGUGUCUAUACAGAACACUAACACAUUAAUUAAUGUACUGAAGGAACAUGUGUACAUCACCCCCCAUGUAUGAUAUAAAGUUAUCAAAUCGAGAUUUAUUGCAAUGUGAAUGUGAUAAAGU